AUUGAAGCCAUUUCUAUGUGCAUUUCUCCCACUACUGUGUCUAGGAAAUCUCCAGUUGAAAUGCACACUCUGACGCCGUCAAUGUUAGGUUUAGUAAAUCAUGCUUCUAGACUUUCGCACCCUAUCCAUCUUGUGCUCUGAUAUAAAAGCGACACGGCUGCAUAUCCGCAUCACAGAAGUUUACUUUAAUUGAUAUCUUAGCGAUAUAGACAAAAUUCUUUUUUGCCUUUCGAUAUGUUUUCGUGCGUAGGUGAGGUCGGAAGUGAUUGAAAACCGGAAGUUUCUUCGACUUACUUUUGCCCAUAACCCAACAGGGUCACUCGACGCCAUCUUGAACGUUUGCAAAGCCUUACCACUCGCUUACUUUGUCAACAAUUUGCUAUAAUUUUUGUGAAAUCAGUGGAAUAAUUCUGGACUGCAUCUUGAUGGCUUCUGCUUUGGUUGAUGAUUGGGAUAUAAGACGUUGUUGGGUAUGUUUUGCUACAGAAGAAGAUGAACCCUUGUCACAGUGGGUUCGGCCCUGUCGUUGCCGUGGGACAACAAAAUGGGUCCACCAGAUUUGCCUUCAACGCUGGAUUGAUGAAAAGCAAGCAGGCAGUUCAACAACAAAAGUGUCUUGCCCACAGUGCAAUGCAGAAUAUGUCAUUGUAUUUCCACCUUUAGGACCUCUGCUUCAAUCUGUGGAGUUCUUAGAUAAACUUAUCCAUAAGUUCUGCCCCAUAGCUGCGGCAGGAGUCAUUGUUGGGUCAUUAUAUUGGUCUGCUGUCACUUAUGGAGCAGUUACCGUUAUGCAGGUUUUGGGUCAUAAAGAAGGACUUGAGGUUAUGGAAAAAGCUGAUCCUUUGUUCUUAUUUGUUGGACUUCCAACUAUCCCUUUGGCACUUAUACUUGGGAAAAUGGUUCGCUGGGAGGAUCACGUGUUAAGGUUGUGGAGACGCCAUUUCAGUAAGAUGUCCUUUCUUGGCCAUAUUCUGCCCAGUUUAGCUGCGUGUGAUUAUGCAUCACGCACUCCAGCAGAGCCCACACCAUUAUCUGACCCAGUGUCUCUCACCAGGCUCCUUUGUGGUGCUUUGAUUCUGCCAACAAUCUCCACACUUAUCGGCAAAGUGUGUUAUGGGUUUGUCCCUUCAAGUCUGCAUCGAGCCUUACUGGGAGGCAUAAGCUUUGUGGCAGUGAAAGGAGUUGUCAGGAUCUACUAUAGACAGCAGCAGUAUGUAAGGCAAGCUCAGAGAAUUGUUAAAAACUAUGGUGAGGAAUAAUUCUUCAACAUUUGGUGCCUUUGAGUCUCUUUCAAUGGUGAUAAAGUACACAGCCACAAGCAUUUGAUAGAUGUUCAGCUGUCUAGUUAGAGAUUUAUGGCCUUAAGAAGAGGUGACUGUAGAUAUCAAGAAUCCGUCACCAAGACUAAAAGAUGAAAUAUGUGUAGCAAGGAGAAUUAAGCAAGCUCUUUUUUUGAAAAUUUUUAUAGAACUUUUUGGUGAAUUUCUAUUCUUUAAAAAUCCGCCAAAAAGUGAAAUUGACGUGUUCGCGCUCUUGUCGUCAAUGAAUUUUUGCAGUAAAGUGUUGGAACUGAUUUAAAUCGGUCGUAGAGAAAGACGGCUGAACGUUAAUAAACUAUCCUAAGCAAGUCAGUUGGUUAGUGCAAUUUUAGUACAACUCACGCUGGAGUAAAUACUUGGAUAUUUGAAUUUUUUUUUCAAUAGGGAGGUUAAGAAUUUUUACUUGAAACGUUAAAUUGGGUGUUCUAAAGAAACAUCUCAUGAACGUCAUGCUCUUAGUUUUCGUUAAUGGCAAACUUGGGGCUAAUCUUACGCUGCACUCAUUAUCAUUCCCUUCCCCAAGGCGACGUUUAAAGUGCGCUCAUUGGCAAAAAGUAAAGGCAUCAAUCUGAAUUCAUUUAAAGAUCAACAGGCCAGGGCUGAGGACAUGUUUUUAUCGUGGUCUCCAAGGGGUGUAAACGUGGCACUGAAAACAAUGACUGUUAACAUUAGGAAAACGUCAUCUGUUUCAGUCAAGCAAAAUCAGAAUGUAGCAUGUAUGCGUUCCUGAACCGUGAAAUGAUCUUGCACCUCAAUUGUACUGAUCCACGUUAUAGUGGAUAAAAGCUCCAUAUCAUCGAAUGAUUUUUGUCUUACUUCAACUUUAAUUGAAUCACAUUUAGACGUGUUACUUAAACUUGGUUUAAAUCAUAUUUAAGCGUUUCCACUUUUGCUUACUAUAUGUUCCAUUACCUAAGCGUUUGCAUAUACAAACAUGUGUGAAGAAGGCAAAGCAACUUUUUUUUUAAUUUGCAAGUAUGACCAAUCAAAACUCGGUGAGUUUCAGAAUUAAGUGUCUCAGUUAAGUCAAGAUUGGUAAAACUCAUUGCUAUUUUAUUGCUUGUGUAUGGAAAGGAAAAAGAAUUAAAGCUAUUGAAUUGUCAA